CGCCCCCGGCCCGCCCCGCGUUGCCCCCUGCCCCGGGCCGGGCACGGCCCCCCCGCCCGGCUCCCGGUGCCGCUCGGGAAGAUGGCGCGGCACGUCCAGAGUUUGGCAGAGCUAGAAGUACUAUGUAACCAGCUCUAUGAGGGGACUGAUCUAGCACAGCGGAUGCAAGCAGAGAAGGUGCUCUUGGAGCUUAUUGACAGCCCUGAAUGUCUCAGCCAGUGUCAACUUUUACUAGAACAAGGAACCACAUCCUAUGCUCAGCUUCUAGCAGCAACAUGCCUUUCCAAACUUGUAAGCAGAACAACUCCUUUACCCAUUGAACAAAGAAUUGACAUCAGGAAUUAUAUUCUGAACUACGUAGCCUCUCAACCCAAACUGGCUCCUUUUGUCAUCCAGGCCCUUGUUCAGGUCAUCGCUAAGAUUACAAAAUUAGGAUGGUUUGAGGUUCAAAAAGAUCAGCUCAUCUUCAGAGACAUUAUUGCUGACGUAAAAAAAUUUUUACAGGCGACUGUGGACCAUUAUAUCAUAGGAGUGAUGAUCCUUUCAGAACUGACUCAGGAAAUGAACCUAGUUGAUUAUUCAAGACCUUCAGCGAAACAUCGUAAAAUAGCUACCUCAUUCCGUGACACGUCUUUAAAAGAUAUUUUGAUGCUGGCAUGCUCUCUUCUAAAGGAGUUAUUGGCCAAACCUUUAAACCUUCAGGAUCAACAACAACAAAGUUUAGCAAUGCAUCUCUUGAAACUUGUCCUCAACUGUCUUAACUUUGACUUCAUUGGCAAUUCAGCAGAUGAGUCCGCAGAUGAUCUAUGCACAGUACAGAUCCCAACAAACUGGAGAACAAUCUUCCUAGAACCAGACACCUUGGACCUGUUUUUUGAUUUGUAUCAUUCCCUUCCACCAGUGCUGUCGCAGUUGGCACUUUCCUGUUUGGUUCAGUUUGCUUCUACAAGAAGAUCUUUAUUUAGCAAUCCAGAACGUGCCAAAUAUCUUGGGAAUCUAAUCAAAGGAGUGAAAAGAAUCCUUGAAAAUCCUCAGGGUUUAUCUGAUCCAGGUAACUACCAUGAAUUCUGUCGGUUUUUGGCUCGACUAAAGACAAACUAUCAGUUGGGAGAACUAGUAAUGGUGAAGGAUUACUCAGAGGUUAUCCGAUUGAUAGCCAAUUUCACUAUUACUAGUUUACAGCACUGGGAGUUUGCUCCAAACAGUGUUCACUAUCUGCUAACUCUGUGGCAGAGAAUGGUAGCAUCGGUACCUUUUGUGAAAUCAACAGAACCACACCUCUUAGAUACAUAUGCACCAGAGAUCACAAAAGCAUACAUUACUUCGAGAUUGGAAUCUGUUCCUGUAGUUAUAAGAGAUGGUUUGGAAGAUCCUCUGGAUGAUACAGCUACUGUAUUUCAGCAGCUGGAGCAACUCUGCACAGUCAGCAGGUGUGAAUAUGAAAAGACCUGUGCACUUCUUGUACAGUUGUUUGACCAAAAUGCACAAAACUACCAAAAGCUAUUGCAUUCUUCUAGUAGGAAUCCACUAGAAAUCACAGUCCAAGAAGGACGUCUGGCGUGGCUGGUAUAUCUUGUUGGUACUGUUGUAGGAGGAAGAUUAACUUACACCAGUACAGAUGAACAUGAUGCCAUGGAUGGAGAAUUAUCCUGUCGAGUUUUUCAGCUGAUAUCCUUGAUGGAUGCCCAGUUACCACGGUCUAGUAAUGAAAAAGUAGAACUUGCGAUUCUCUGGUUUUUGGAUCAAUUCCGUAAAACAUAUGUGGGGGACCAGCUUCAGCGCACCUCAAAGGUGUAUGCUCGAAUGUCAGAAGUCUUAGGAAUAACAGAUGACAACCAUGUUCUAGAAACAUUUAUGGCAAAAAUUGUUACAAACCUUAAAUGUUGGGGAAGAUGCGAGCCUGUGAUUUCAAGAACUCUUCAGUUUCUAAAUGAUCUUUCUGUUGGUUAUAUUCUCUUAAAAAAACUUGUGAAAAUAGAUGCCGUGAAGUUCAUGCUUCAGAAUCACACAAGUAAACACUUUCCUUUUUUGGGAGUGAAUGAUAAUUACAGUCUCAGUGACCUUAGAUGCCGAACAACUUUCUACACUGCUCUCACUCGCCUGCUCAUGGUAGAUCUAGGUGAAGACGAGGAUGAGUUUGAGAAUUUCAUGCUACCCCUUACAGUUUCAUUUGAAACUGUAACUCAGAUAUUCAACAAUAGUUUUAAACAAGAGGAGGCAAAGCGUAUGUUGAUCGGGCUGGCAAGAGAUCUUCGAGGGAUUGCCUUUGCACUGAACACAAAGACCAGCUACACCAUGCUGUUUGACUGGAUAUACACAUCAUACCUGCCCAUUCUACAAAGAGCUAUUGAGCUGUGGUAUCGUGAAGCAGCAUGUACAACUCCGAUCUUGAAGCUUAUGGCAGAGCUUCUGCAAAACAGGUCACAGCGUUUAAAUUUUGAUGUAUCAUCUCCUAAUGGAAUUCUUCUCUUCAGAGAGGCUAGUAAAAUGAUUUGCACUUAUGGUAAUCAGAUCCUGUCUCUUGGGACUCUGUCAAAAGAUCAGGUUUAUCCACUGAAACUCAAGGGCAUUUCCAUCUGCUAUUCUGCACUCAAAUCUGCCUUAUGUGGAAAUUAUGUCAGCUUUGGCGUCUUCAAGUUGUAUGGGGACAACCACUUUGACAAUGUACUCCAGGCCUUUGUCAAAAUGCUGCUUUCAGUAUCCCACAGUGACUUGCUUCAAUAUCGAAAACUAAGCCAGUCAUAUUACCCGCUCUUGGAAUGUCUCACCCAGGAUCAUAUGAGUUUCAUUACCAGUUUAGAACCUCAUGUGCUAAUGUAUAUUCUUACCUCAAUAUCUGAAGGACUUACUGCACUGGAUACAAUUGUCUCCUCCAGCUGUUGUGCUAGUUUAGACUACGUUGUUAGCUACCUCUUCAAGCACAUAGCAAAGGAAGGCAAAAAACCAGUAAGAUGUAGAGAAAUAUCACAGGAUGGACAAAGAUUACUGCACUUCAUGCAACAGAACCCUGAAGUACUACAGCAGAUGAUGUCGAUUCUGAUGAACACCAUCAUUUUUGAGGAUUGCAGAAACCAGUGGUCUGUGUCCAGACCACUGCUAGGGCUUAUACUUCUCAAUGAGAAGUACUUCAGCGAAUUAAGGGCAAGCUUGAUAACCAGCCAGCCUGACAACAAACGAGAGGUCCUUGACCAGUGCUUUAGGAACCUAAUGGAAGGAGUGGAGCAAAACCUUUUGGUAAAGAAUAGAGACAGAUUCACCCAGAACAUGUCGGUCUUUCGAAGAGACAUGGCUGAUGCCCUGCGCUGUGAAGGGGCUACAGAAGCAAGCAGUUUAGAUAUGAUGAGUUGACGCUGACUUUGGAAACCAGAGCAUUGAAUAACAACAUAUAGACUUUGAAAGUUUUGGACCUCACCAUAUUGUUAGAUAGAAGUUGAAAACUUAUGAAAACUAUUUUUUUAAAUAACUUCUGCCUUUUUAUAUCUCUGGCCUAAAUGUAAGAAUUUAUAAGUGAAAAUGAUGUAAAAUCAGUCUUAGCUUAAAGAACGUUUUCAAAUUUUCUUAUCAAAAUUUAUUAUCCCUGUUCUUAGACAUGUAUGAAAUGGUGUAGAAACAAUACUUAACCAAAGAACAAAAUAAACACGCAUUGCUUCUAAAUGUGUACUAGUUAAUGAUUCUUAGUUCCACCCAUAGUAAUAAAUAAUGUUUCUGACCACUUUCACUGAGGUCACUUCUGAUUGAAACUUUGAGGCAAAGAUUGGUAUAAAUUCUAUAUGAACUCUCUUGAAUUAAUAAAAAUGAUUAUUUUUCUACAAAAUGGUUGCAUGUAUAUUUUAAACGUGAGGUUUAUGACUCUGCACACUGCAAAGAAGAACAAAGAUUAGCAGAAUGAAAACUGAGCUCUUUUGGACUAAGAAUGUGAUAGGAAAACCUAGAAUAUGGGAUAUUAUAAAGCUUAGAGACAGUAAUGCACUCUUUAAUGAGAUAAAGAUAAUGCUUUCAUUACACAAACAUACAUUUCAAAUGUCUUAUUCCAGAAAAAAAAACACAAACAAAAAUACAAUUGUUAAGACAAUUUUUUUAAAAGAAUUAAAUCUGCCACCUCUGGAAAAAAGAAAACCAGUAAUUACAGACACUUAUUUCCCAUAUUCAGAGUGGUAAAAGGUAUAAUGAAAGGGUGCAUUUAAAACAGAAAAUUCAGCAGAUUCCUUUCACCUCUUCAGAGAUCAUAAAAAGUUCAAUAUGUGCCCCAAAAAAAUUCCUUUUAUGCUGAGGCUCAUGCAUGCAUUAUCCACUCUGAUUUGGUGGAGAACAAUUAAUUUCCAUUUUGUGGUGGGUAUGAAUUAUUGCGUGGGUUGAUGAAAUACACAAAUUAAUUGGAGUGAAAUUUAACAAAAAUUGAACUAUUUAAGCAAUAAGUCAGUUACAUUUUUUUAAUGUACAAAAGUUAUUACAUGCAAUUAGAAACUGCUGCUUUCUCAUUGUUUUCUUAACUAAGAUGUAAAUAAUCUACUUCAUAUGUUUUUCAUGCAGUCUUAGAUUUGCGUAACUUGGUAAUAUUUUUACCACUUUCUUGAAAAGAAUAUGUGACUUUCAGUGCACCUAGUGCGGGGGAAGUUCAAAUCAGUAUUUCCAGUAGACAUUUUCCUGAUUUUUUCUGUGAUUAUCUUAUAUUCUUUCUCUAUAAAUUUUAAAUAGUUACAGUAGGAACUAUAUAGGAGAUGAAAUCAUUCAGUUGAGCAGUUUUCUGUCUGCCUUACAUUGACGCAUAGCUAAAGAAAAUAGUGUAAUCUACAGCCAUAGGGCCUAAUUUGCAGAAUUACGGCGCACCAAAAAAUCCACUUGAACCCCGGCUGCCUGACAUCUUUGAAAAUCAGGCCAGUUUUAUUUAGGUGCCUAAUGAGGAGUAGGAGCCCAGUUUUAGGUGCCCAAGUUAGAUUAUUUCAAAGGCUUUAUAGUUAUUACUGAUCAGAUAAAUAGCAGCUAGUACAAUGAAUCACUUUACCACUGAGAACUUAAGACAAAAUUAGAAGCUUCAUUGUUAAGCCAAAUUCUGAAAGCAACAAAAUCUAAACUACUUUAAAGAAUGUUUGGGAGUGGAGCGGUUGUUUGUUGGUUUUCAUUCUACCCCUGAAAAUGGCUCCAGGAGUCUAUGUGCUAAAUGGUCUCUCCUUUUUUGGUAAGUUUGCUGUAGAAAUCACUUCAGUUAUCUGGAAACUGUAUACAUUUGCAUUAAAAGGU